GGCGGCGCGUUCCGUUCCGGGCCGAGGCUCGCGGCGGAAAAGUUGCGCGGCGGUGACGAGCAGCCCCGGGACGGGCAGCGAGCGCGACGCCGAGCCGGCCUCCGACGCCCGCGGCCCCGCCAUGGACGACCUCGACGCCCUGCUGGCAGACUUGGAGUCCACGACCUCCCACAUCUCCAAACGGCCUGUGUUCUUGUCCGAGGAGACCCCCUACUCGUACCCAACAGGAAACCACACAUACCAGGAGAUUGCCGUGCCACCCCCUGUCCCUCCACCCCCGUCCAGCGAGGCCCUCAAUGGCACGGUCCUUGACCCCUUAGACCAGUGGCAGCCCAGCACCUCCCGAUUCAUCCACCAGCAGCCUCCAUCCCCGUCCCCCGUGUACGGCUCCAGUGCUAAAACUUCCAGUGCCUCCAACCCCCAGGACGGCGUCGGCCUGCCGUGUCCUCGAGCUGGCGAGGAAGAGCACGUGUACAGCUUCCCCAACAAGCAGAAGUCGGCCGAGCCUUCACCCACCAUCAUGAGCUCCUCCUUGGGCAGCAACCUUUCUGAACUCGACCGCCUGCUGCUGGAGCUGAACGCCGUGCAGCAUAACCCCCCAGGCUACCCUGCAGAUGAGGCCAACUCAAGCCCCCCACUGCCUGGGGCUCUGAGCCCCCACUACGGCAUCCCGGAGAAUAACAGCUCGUUGGGGGGCAAAGCUGGGCCACUGACCAAAGAGAAGCCCAAGCGGAACGGAGGCCGGGGCCUGGAGGACGUGCGGCCCAGCGUGGAGAGUCUCUUGGAUGAGCUGGAGAGCUCCGUGCCCAGCCCCGUCCCCGCCAUCACUGUGAACCAGGGCGAGAUGAGCAGCCCCCAGCGAGUCACCUCCAGCCAGCAGCAGACACGCAUCUCCGCCUCUUCUGCCACCAGGGAGCUGGAUGAGCUGAUGGCCUCGCUGUCGGAUUUUAAGAUCCAGGGCCUGGAACAAAGAGCGGACGGAGAGCUGUGCUGGGCGGCCGGCUGGCCUCCGAACGGCAGCCAGAGCAGCCCUGAAGGGCAGGACGAGGGAGGGUUCAUGGCCCAGGGGAAGACAGGGAGCAGCUCUCCCCCGGGAGGGCCCUCAAAGCCUGGGAGCCAGCUUGACAGCAUGCUGGGGAGCCUGCAGUCUGACCUGAACAAACUGGGGGUCGCCACGGUCGCCAAGGGGGUCUGCGGGGCCUGCAAGAAACCCAUCGCGGGGCAGGUCGUGACCGCCAUGGGGAAGACGUGGCACCCAGAGCACUUCGUCUGCACCCACUGCCAGGAGGAGAUCGGAUCCCGGAACUUCUUUGAGCGGGAUGGACAGCCCUACUGUGAAAAGGACUAUCACAACCUCUUCUCUCCACGCUGCUACUACUGCAACGGGCCCAUCCUGGAUAAAGUGGUGACAGCCCUUGACCGGACGUGGCACCCCGAGCACUUCUUCUGUGCCCAGUGUGGAGCCUUCUUCGGCCCUGAAGGGUUCCACGAGAAAGACGGCAAGGCCUACUGCCGGAAGGAUUACUUUGACAUGUUCGCCCCCAAGUGUGGCGGCUGUGCCCGAGCCAUCCUGGAGAACUACAUCUCGGCCCUUAACACCCUGUGGCAUCCUGAGUGCUUUGUGUGUCGGGAAUGCUUCACACCAUUUGUCAACGGCAGCUUCUUCGAGCACGACGGGCAGCCCUACUGUGAGGUGCACUACCACGAGCGGCGGGGCUCGCUGUGCUCCGGCUGCCAGAAGCCCAUCACGGGCCGCUGCAUCACCGCCAUGGCCAAGAAGUUCCACCCGGAGCACUUUGUCUGUGCCUUCUGCCUCAAGCAGCUCAACAAGGGCACCUUCAAGGAGCAGAACGACAAGCCUUACUGUCAGAACUGCUUCGUCAAGCUCUUCUGCUAGGCGCGCUCAUCCCUUCCUCUGCCCCGCUUCCCGGCCCAGCCUCCCAACUGCUACUGUGACCCAGAGGCCUCGCUUAGGGGUGAAGGGGCAAACCCGACUGAAACUGGAACCACGUCCUUGGCUGGUGCAGGAUGGCAAGAGGGUCCUGAGGGGUCCCGCCUGCUUUUCUUACCCCCUGCCAGAGCCUCUGGGCCUCCUUCCUCCUCCUGCAGCUCCCCGCAGGCUGCCAGCUCUUCACCCUCCCCAGAGGCAGAGGCUGGAGGGCUCCACCUGUGUCCCCACGAACCCGCCUGGCCAGUCCAGCACCCCACACUGGAGCCAUCUCUCACUCAUAUUUCGGCAGUGGAGCUGGGGGUGGGGGUGGGGAGGGCAGGCAGGGUCACAUGGGGGCCUCUUUUCAUCCAUAUCCGCCCCCACAACCUAAUUAUCCUUGUUUUGAGAGUAUUGGGGGACAGCAGCUCCCUCCAGACAAUGCCAGCAUCCACCCAUCCAUCCAUCCAAGGGCGGAAGUGUCCUAGGGGCCACGGAAGAUUCCUUGUGCGCCUCCUACCCUUCCAGUCUCCCCAGGCCUGGGCAGCUGCCCCCCGACCCCUGUAACUUCUCUGGUUCUACUGAGAAUGGCCUCUCCAGCAAUAAUGUUUUAUAAUCACUUCCUCCUUCUCCGGGGAUGGUGCGAGGCGGGGUUUCACCCCGUGCCUGGACACUGUACCAACUUUGAUAGAUUUCUACACUGAGGUUUGAAUUCAUAUCGUCUGAGUUACUUUUACCUCUCUAUACGAAAAUGAUUUUGAAGAGAUUUUAAAGACGUCUCCUUUUGUACCUUUCCCCCAUGUGCACUGCCACUGUCCUGUGUAUGCCACGGUGGCUCUGGUAUAUGGGGUUUGCCUUGUACUGAGGGCUUGGAGGGGGUGAAGCAAUUUGUAUUUUAUUUUUUCUUAGCACAAGCAGGUGAACUGGGAGCAGCUCUGUGACUGCCCUUCUUUAACUUCACAGCUCACAAGGACUGUUUUUUAUAAACUGCUGUAUUUUGAAACCCCUUCCUUACUAUCCAGGCCAGCAAGCUCUUCACUGAAACCGGCCUUAAGGGUGUCUUGCCCUUUGGGGCCUAGAAUUCCGAACCUCAUCUGUCCUGUUCCUGAGGGAGGAGAACGGGGAAGUACACUUUGGGGGUGCUGUUUUCUAAGUAAGCCAUUAGGAGUGUCCACUCCCCUGUGAACUUUCUGGCAACAAAUAGAACAUUCUCGGCCUUCUCACUGCUUCUCUGGGGCUCUUCUGCCUCCUCAGGAAAGCUGGUAUCUGAUUUUGACCAUUAGUCUUGUUGAUUCCACUGGGUGCAUCCCUUCCCCAAAUUUCCUGCCCUCCCUGGAGACUGGUGUCCUGGGGAAAAGAGCCCAGGUCGUUGGCUGGGGGCCUGCUAGGAUUCUCGGCAAAAGGACAAGGUCUCGCUGAAGCAACAGGAAGCCCCCAGAGUGUUCUCCCCCAAGGAUGAGAUAGGUAGGGCUGGGGUUCUGGGUUAGUGGAACGGGGUCCCAGUGUGGUCUAAAGUGAGGAAGAGCCAGACCACUUCGCUAGCCUCCUAGCAGAGGCUGGGUGUGCUGAGCCUCUCAAGGAGGCUUCCCAGGGAGGGAAGAGGGUCCCUCCUUGGUGGCAGGGCUGAGAGCAGCCCGGGUCUGGGGAGGUCAGCCAGGCCCCGCCACGGGUCUGAUGUCUCCACGUCUACCCACAGGCCUUAUUGCUCUGUUUACAGUGACCCCUCCCCUAGAGGACCUGGGGUUUCAGAGGUCCACCCUCUGGGUCAAUGGUUAUUUGAUGAUUUGAUUUUAAUUUUUUUUCUCUGUAAACUUAUAACCUGGCUUUUCCCCAUUUCAAUUCCUGUGAUUUAUGCCAAUAAAAUAUGCCAUUAUUUUCA